AUGACCGAAUCGACAGUUCCCCGCCAAAAAUGGUGGAAGAUACAAUGGUAUUCCGACGACGACACGCCCGAGGAGCGUCGCUUUAUCACCAAGCUUGACAUGGUCGUUGUUCCCUACGCCGUGCUGGCAUAUUGGGUAAAAUAUAUCGACCAAGCAAAUCUCAACAACGCAUACGUCGCUGGCAUGAAGGAAGAACUCAACUUCCAGGGCAACGAGCUCGUUGAACUGCAGACCAUGUAUACCGUAGGAGCCGUCGUGGGCAUGGUUCCGUUCAUGUUCCUUUUUACUUACAUCCCAAUGUACUGGUCUAUUCCAUUCAUGGAUGUGAUGUGGGGUCUGUUUACACUGCUUCAAUACCGCGCGAACAGCUUUGGUGAGCUGGCCGCAUACCGUUUCCUGGUUGGAUUCUUCGAAGCCGCAUUCUUCCCAGCGAUGCAUUACGUUUUCGGUUCCUGGUACCGCGGGCAUGAGAUUGCACGCCGCGGUGGGCUCUUUUAUACCGGCCUCAACUUGGGCACCCUCACAGCUGGGCUAGUGGCUGCAGGGGCUUCGCAUCGCCUGGAAGGCGUCAAUGGUCUCUCUGGAUGGCGAUGGAUGUACAUCAUCUGCGCACUCAUCACUUUCCCUGUCGGCAUCAUGGGCUAUUUUCUACUGCCCGGUACCAUCGAGCAACCCAAUCGCUGGAUCCUGAACGACAAGGACAUUCAGAUCGGCAAGGAUCGCCUCGAGCGUAACGGCCACGUCACUGCAGGCAAGUUCAAGGUCGGAAACCUGAAAAAGAUUCUUUUCAGCCCACGUUUCUGGACCGUCGUCCUCGUCGACAUUCUUUUCUGGAACGCGGGCAUCCACAAGUCGACAGGCAGCUUUCUUCUCUGGAUCAAAAGUUUGGGGCGGUAUAGCGCCGCACAGAUCAAUGAGCUGGGUACCAUCGCGCCCGCCCUUGGCAUCCUGUAUAACCUACUGGCCUGCUUCGCAUCGGAUCUGAUUUUGGGUCCGGCCUGGGCCAUUACUUUGUCCUCGUUGCUGAACGCUUCGGGCCUCAUCAUCCUAGUCAUCUGGAACGUUCCCGAGAGUGCAAUGUGGUACGGGUUCUCCACCAUGUAUUGGGCAAAUGCAUUGUCCAGCGUCCUGCACGGUUGGGUAAAUACACUGUUGCGCGACUCACCCGAGGAACGCUCCUUUACCCUCGUGGUUAUUACUAUAAUCGCCCAGUCCUCCACCGCCUGGACUCCUUUACUCACUUUCCCUACCGUCGAGAGCCCAAAGUUCCCCAAGGGGUUCAGCUUUUGCCUGGCCUGCGCCUUGGCAUUAAUCGUAGCUACGCACGUCCUUAAUGUUUAUCUCAAACGACAAGAGGCGCACAAAGCGGGAGUUACCGCUAGUGGAGAGGAUGCUCAGAGCGACGGAGCAUCUACAGAAGGGACUCCUGAUACCAGAGUCGUCGUGGGAAAGGAUGUGAAGUAAUUCUC